UCAGGUCCCCUGGUCUCGCUCAACAUGGACAGAAGCAGAACUCAUUGUGAUGUCCCCCCAGGCCCACCUCUCCUCUGUUUUCCUGACUUGGGCCAGUGGCACAACCGUCUACCGAGAAGGCUAAGCCCGAACUCUGCAGGUUACGUGCAGUCUUCGGUGCCCGAGAUCAUCAGCUCCAUCCGCCAAGCAGGGAGGAUCGCCCGCCAGGAGGAACUGCAUUGCCCCUCGGAGUUCGACGACACGUUCUCCAAGAAGUUCGAGGUGCUCUUCUGCGGCCGGGUGACCGUGGCGCACAAGAAGGCACCGCCAGCCCUGAUCGACGAGUGCAUUGAGAAGUUCAACCACAUCAGUUGCAGCAGGAAAGCCGAACUUGACCUGGUCUCCCAGAACUCCGAGGCCAGCAACCCUGCUGUGGCGCUUUCCUUCACGGAUAAGUUCCGGUCGGUGCUGCAGCCCGCGGGGCCCACGGAGCAGGGCCACUGGCCCAUGCGCAAGUCCUUCUCACAGCCCGGCCUGCACUCCCUGGCCUAUAGGAAGGAGUUUCAGGAUGGGAGCUUGCGAAGUCACAGUUUCUUCAGCUCUUUUGAUGAAAACGACAUUGAGAACCACCUCAUCAGUGGACACAAUAUUGUGCAGCCAACGGAUAUUGAGGAAAAUCGAACUAUGCUUUUUACGAUUGGUCAAUCUGAAGUUUACCUCAUCAGUCCUGACACCAAAAAAAUAGCAUUGGAGAAAAAUUUUAAGGAGAUAUCCUUCUGCUCUCAGGGUAUUAGACACGUGGACCACUUCGGGUUCAUCUGCCGGGAGUCGUCGGGAGGCGGCGGUUUCCAUUUCGUCUGUUACGUGUUUCAGUGCACAAACGAGGCUCUGGUAAGCCUGGCGGGCAGCGCUCACGUGAACCCUUAGCGACGAGGACUUUCAACCUCACGGAUUUUUCUUUCCUUAGCAAAACCGCAGUCUCAUUGACAUAUUGUUAUUUGACUUUACU